CGUCCUAGAUUGUGACACCAAGAAACGACACCAACGAGUGUAAUUGCAUCAGCGUCGGGAAAUGUUGCGAGAUUAUGGCGUCCUGAUACAAAUAGUUUAUGUUUUAAACGUUUACUUUGGACAAACCCACAAACCAAAUGUCUUUCGUCUUAAAUAGACACUUUUUUGUGGCUAUAUUUUUGAAAUUUAGAAAUUAUUAAGGAGUCAUAUCGGUCACUAUGGUAAGCGAGCGGCUAUGGUGACUAUGGAUAUGGUCUGUGUAUGCAUUACGUGCAGUCCUGAAGAGCGCGACUACGUUUUUCCUCCGCUAUGUUUUGAUUUCUUUUGAAAAACAUAAACGAUCUUUGCAGCCGGCCUAACUCUAGAGUUUCUAGGAAGCAGACCGACGUCUCCAUCCUCGGGUCCAGACGGGCGUGGCUUACAGAAGGGUUGAAGGUGUCUGGGGCAGGACAGCUCUCUAGGAGCCCAUAGACUGAUCAAGAACAAUGGGCCUUCUGCAGCUGCUGAAAUCCCAGUUCUUGAGUCACCUGAUCAUCUGCUAUGUGUUCCUGGUCAGUGGCCUCAUUAUCAACCUGUUGCAGCUCUGUACUUUACCUCUGUGGCUGGUCAGUAAGCAGCUGGCCCGCAGGAUCAACAUCAGACUGGGCUACUGCAUCAGUAGCCAGAUGGUAGCUGCCCUGGAGUGGUGGUCCGGGACAGAAUGCACGCUCUACACAGACCCAAAGAGUUAUCCGCUGUAUGGAAAUGAGAAUGCAAUUGUGGUUCUCAACCACAGUUUUGAGAUAGACUUCCUGUGUGGCUGGACCUUCUGUGAGAGAUUCGGAGUUCUUGGGAGCUCAAAAGUGUUAGCCAAAAAAGAGUUGAGUUAUGUACCUGUUAUUGGCUGGAUGUGGUACUUCCUGGAGAUAGUUUUCUGCAAGAGGAAAUGGGAGGAGGACCGAAGGACGGUGGCUCAGAGUCUUCAGAACCUGCGGGAUUACCCAGAAAACUACUGGUUCUUGCUUUUCUGUGAAGGAACACGCUUGACACCAAAGAAGCACCAGAUCAGCAUGCAGGUGGCUGAGAGCAAAGGUUUACCCAAACUGAAGUACCAUCUUCUGCCCAGGACCAAAGGAUUCUGGGUAACUCUCCAAAACCUCAGAGGAACUGCUGUAGCUGUUUAUGAUUCCACACUGAACUUCAGAAACAAUGAAGAGCCAACCUUGCUUGGAAUCCUUAAUGGGAAGAAAUAUCACGCAGACUUAUAUGUGAGGAGAAUCCCUCUAGAGUUGAUCCCAGAAGAUGAGGCGGAGUGUGCUGCUUGGCUCCACAAACUCUACCAGGAAAAGGAUAGCUUUCAGGAGCACUACGCACAGACAGGGUGUUUUCCUGGCCCCAUAGUGAGCCCUCCACGCCGACCCUGGACUUUGAUCAACUGGCUGUUCUGGACCUGCUUGCUCCUCUACCCACUAGGCCUGCUACUCGCUCAACUGAUCAGCUCUGGAUCGAUGCUGACCAUCUUAGCUUCUGUGGCUCUCUGCUCUGCAGCUUCACUGGCAGUUCGCUGGAUGAUUGGCCAGACGGAGAUUGACAGAGCCUCAAGCUAUGGGAAUAAGGAGGUUCCUCUAAACAACAGCUAAGAGCUGCUUCUUUGCAAAGCUACUAAUCUGCAAGCUUGCCGGCAGCAGAAUGUGUAAAUACCAGUCUGACAGGAACUGCUGGUACAAGUGCAAACCUGAGACAAAGUAUAAUAAAGUAUAAACAGGCUAGUCUCUUUUUACCACUAUGCUGCAAAAGCUCAAGAUGUAAGAUCAUGAAAAUGGACCCGCUUCCUUUGGGAAACUUAUGAUAAGAAUUUCAGGCAAGAUAAAAUAUGCCUUUACUACAUUCUCCUCAAAUCAGAGUGUAAAUAUUUGAAUACAUUCAAGACAAACAUUUUCACCGGUAACUGGGAUCAAAAAUCAAAAUUCAACCAAGUGAAAAAUGUACUACCUCUUUGAUUGAAAUGUAAAGCAUAAAUGGUGGAAGAAAAUAAACAUUUCACUUUAAAAAAACA